UUAUAUAAGGCCAACUGGAUUUGCUUUAUAUAGAUUUUCUCUCCGCUGUUUAAUAGGCGAGAUUUUGUCGCAGUUCUUCAGUUGCUAAAUAAAUAUUGAAUUGUAAGAAAAACCACGAAUUUAUAUUUAUACUUCUGUGACCAUGACUGUGAAAUUGUUAUUGCUACUCUAUGCUGUACUUCUGUGCCCUGGUGAAGCACUUCUAGGCCCAAAAGAAAUACCGUCCGGAAACAAAAGCCAGAAAUCAAUCUGCGGCGAUAUGGACUCCUGCUUUAACUCCUACUUGAACUUCAUGUAUAACGAGUUUGUCCCAUGGACAGAGGAAAUGGGAUACUAUCAGUAUAGUUACCCUGCCCUUAGUCCAAGAACAGAAGACAUUUCUGGAGGUCUAAUUUCUGGGCAGUGUAUCUAUGAGAACGUCUCGAUGAGGGGUAUUUGGGAGGAGGUUGCGCCGGAUGGUCUAUUCUAUUCGAAUGUUCCCUCUGGAACAUUUUCCUUCAGGUGGACCACUCGAUAUGAGGACGCCUACAAUAUAAUAGGCCAAUACACAGUUGUUAACGGCUCUGUGAUAGGAACACCAAUUGAUCCAACGCCAAAAAAAUCGUUUGGCGCUUGGUGCAGUUUUUAUACAGCUUAUAAUUUAUAUUUUGGGUUUAUGGUGAACCCCGAGGACGGAUACAUAGUCGUCACAAACGCGACGUAUGACAUCAGCUAUGGGGAUCCAACCAGAUUAUACGCAUGCCUACCAGAUUCUCAAUUUGAGAACCUUUUCCCGGAAGAUAAUCCUUUCUAUGCUGAGUUGUUGUUACGCCUAACAUCACAUGUUAAAAACCUCAUGGAUGGUGGAUUGCCAAGUAUUCCAACAGUUUUGAUCGAGUUUUUCCGAUAUGCUUUGACGGCGCAUCCAUUCGCAGACAUCAUCUCUGGAGAUAUUUUGCCCACCCCAACCCCUACACCAACUACACCGUCAACAAUUACUCCCACAAUUUCGCCAUCCACCCCUUCCCCGGACUUGGGGUCCUUCAAUUGUUCCGGAAAACCAAACGGUCUUUAUCCACAUCCCAGGAGUUGCGAGGAUUACGCCGUUUGCUACGAUGGUAAUCCGACGCUGUACACUUGUCCUUCGGGUACUUUGUACUAUCCCGCCCUUACAUCAUGUGUCGACCCUUCAUUCUAUGUUUGCCCCCUUACCUGCGAUGGACGACUAGAUGGACUUUACGUAAACCCGUAUGGAUGCGACUAUUUUCUCCAAUGUCAAACUCAAUUCGUACAAAUUUUCCAAUGCGCGUUUCCUUUUCUUUUUGACCGCACUCAACUUGUGUGCAACUUUCCUCAUCUGGUACAGUGCGACUAAGGAAUGUAUGUACAAGGUAUGGUGAAUUAUGUGCGUAUUUUAAUUGAACGUAUUUUAAUUAAAAACUAGCUUUACUACUUUAAAAGAAAUAAAAUUUUCUUAAUUCAAUAA